AUGCGAAGGACGUCAGCCGGAAGUCGACAUAGAUCCCCUCAGCCAGAGAGUCCUUCCCCAAGAUCGAGAAGAAAGCCGAUCAGGGAGAAAUAUGCGGAACAUAUCGUCGACGAUGCAGCAUCUGCCUUGAUGCAAGACAGCCAAAGAGUCAUUAAAUUGUCACCGCCCGUCGGUCAAUUUAUCAUCAGCGCAAUUCUCCAACUCGCUGCUUUCGCAGUCGCCAUUUCGUUCGGAAUUUUCGCAGUCAAGAGCGUCAGAAUUGCCAAUGCAGCCAACCAAUAUGCGUCACAAGCCCUUCGUGAGACGCAAUUAUCUAAUCGAAUUGCAUUGUUGGCAAUAUGCGCCUCAGCUACCGAUCACGACAGCAAUCUCUCCGACUUCUGUGAAAAAGCGUUAGGCACCGACUACGUUGUCUUCAACGGGAAAGACUACCAGGCGAAAGACUCCCAGGGAGACAUGCCGAUGAAGCAAAUGUACACUCCCAACCUCACGUAUUACAUGCCGCCUCAGCAGACGACAAUUGCACCAUCUACCCUACCACAAGAGCCGGUUUCAACCACGCCAUCAAGUACCUUUACAAAGUCGCCUGCAAGUUCAACUGCUUCAUCAAGAUCGCCCUCGAUCACGGCCUCAGAUUCAACGUCUUUGCACAACAAUACCACUACCAGCACGCCUUUGACCAGUGGCAGCGGUGCUAGCCCGACUGCCCCCGGUGGCAGCCAGAAUUCACCCGAGCACACUCCGAAAGCGAAGAACCGCGGAGGAGUUUUGGCUGGCAUCAUUCUUGGCGUAUUGGGUGGAGUACUCGUUGGAGGAAUUUUGAUUGCAUUGCUCUGGGUAAUGCUACGGCGCAGACCCCGCUCUGAAGUCGUUACAGUCAUAGACGAGACUGGAAAUGAGCCUCCUCAUUCAACUGCGCGAAGGAGUCAUGAAGACCGGCCUGAUCAUUCGCGCCCGGCAGCUGGCUUGGCAGAUGAUGCCCUGCGACCACUUCCGGGAGGGAAGGCUCAGACCCUUUCCCAUCCUCCUCAUCCCACAAACAGUCAGGAAGAUGAGGUUCAGGAAAUAGCCGAAUUGGACGAUUACUGUCUCGCCAUGGAAGAUCGCUCAAGUGUCGGGAGCGAAGGAAGGACCGAUCAUGCCAGCAUUCACAGAGAGGAGAAAGGAUCACGCCGUUUCUGGAGGGUUUGUAAAGCCUUGUUCGUCGACUCGACUAUCUCGACACGCUAA